AUCAACAGCCGCCAUCUUGACGCGGCUCAGAAUCGGGAUUUCGGGGGGAGCAUUAAUUUUAAAAACCUCUCGGAGCUCCCCAGACGGCGCUCAAACGGCCUUUUCUUGCACUGAAUCGAAGCCUUAGUUCUUCCGAUGAGGAUUAAUGCGAACAUAUGAGGUUUAAACGGGUUAUUGUCGUCUCGAGAGCCCACUGUAUAUUUGAUUUCCCUUUUGCGAGCGCCGCUUCUCGCCGUAUCUCCGUCCAGAGACGCUGAAUUUACCGGCAGACAGCGACGGGAAAAAUUAUCCGCCUCAUAGAAAAUAUUUUUUGAAUUUUGAUCUUUUUAUUUAGACCAAGAAUAGAUUUUAUGGCUGCUCGUUUCGUCGGAGAAAAAAAUGAUUCUGUUCAGACGUGAAACCGACGAUCCGCGGAGAAAGGGAAUCGCUUACUCGGUGUGUAAUAUUUUAUGAAUGAUUUUUAUUUAUUUUUCUCGAAGCGAAAUAUUUUUUGGACGUGAUUAUUGACGAUAAUUAUGUGGGUGUUGGGUGUUGGAUUAUCAUGGGGUGAUCUUCGGCGGCGGAGCGUGGCGCUGUUGCCUUUCUUUUGAAUCCCUUUUCUCCAGGCAGCGUUUCGUCUGUCUGCCAGCCGAGAAAAGGAGGAAAAAAAACAGUUAAAUUAUCCCUCAACGCGCAACAUUACGAGAAGUCAUCGGCGAUUACCAGCCAGUGGGCAACGAUUUGGACCGAUCUUACGUUUUUUUGCCCACUGUCUAUUUUACCACCCAUUCAUAAGACUCGCCGAGCAGGAUGGCUGACAAUUUGCUGGAUGUCGGACCCCCCACCGCAAAGCGACCCAAGCUCAAUUCACCCCUCUCAGGAUCAGAUGGCCCAGAUCUUGUGUCACUGUUUGACCUGGAAAAUGACCUCCCAGAUGAGCUCAUCCCCAAUGGAGACUUGGCAAUGGGAAUGUCCUCGAACGGCGGCCCGAGUGGAGGAGGUCCUGGUCUCAACUCGAUGCUUCCCGACGCCGCUGCCAAACACAAGCAGCUGUCUGAGCUCCUGCGACCAGGAAGCUCCUCCAUCUUGGGAGGCAGCCUCAACUCUGCUAGCCCCCAGCAGGGAGGCAUGGUGGGAAACCAGCUCGGCGCCGUGCUCGGUAAAAGUCCACUGAGGCAAGGCUCGCCGAAUCACCAGUCUCCCCAGGGCCAGAAAGGAGGCGCGUCCGCUGGACAGGGCAACGGAAACGCAAGCAUGGCCUUCAACCAGGCCAUGUUGAACAGUGGACAGGGUCAUGGCGUCAUGGGCCAGACGGGACAGGUGAUGAACGGGGGCAUGGGACCAGCGGGAAGGGGCCGACCAGGGCCCGGCAUGCAGUACCAGGGUCAGGGCAUGCCGGGGAAUCCAGUCGGCGCUGGACCGGGCGUCGGAGGCAGCGUGCUGGCAGAGACACUCGCCCAAGGAGGGCCACAGUUGGGCGCACACAACACAUUGAAUGCUCAGCAGGCUGGAAACAUGAACAAGAUGGCGAUGUCUGGAGCGCCGUUUGGCCAGCAGUACGGUCCGGCCGGGGUGCAGCAGAUGGGGGCAGCGGGCGUCAACGCCCAACAACUCCAGAACAAGGCGGCUCUCUCCAACAACCUGCCACAGUUCCCCGCGGAGCUGAAGGGAGCGGGUGGCGUGCCAAACAUGUCGCAGAUGCAGCAGCAGGUAGCGUCGAUGGGGAUGGUCCCCGGGGCGGGCGGCGUGUCAGCGGGCCCGACGGCCGACCCCGAGAAGCGGAAGCUCAUUCAGCAGCAGCUGGUCCUGCUGCUCCACGCUCACAAGUGCCAGCGGCGGGAGCAGGCCAACGGGGACCUGAGGGCCUGCACUCUGCCCCACUGCCGCACCAUGAAGAACGUUCUCAACCACAUGACCCACUGCCAGGCCGGCAAGUCCUGCCAGGUGGCUCACUGUGCAUCAUCCAGACAGAUCAUCUCUCACUGGAAGAACUGCACGCGACACGACUGUCCCGUCUGCUUGCCUCUGAAGAACGCAAGUGACAAGAGGAAUCAGCAGCCUAUGUUAAAUUCCCCCGGCGCCGGCCUGCAGAACGCCAUCAACACCGUCGGACAGGGCCAGCCGAGUGCCACAGCCAUCAACAGCGCUGCCACGCACAUAGAUCCCAGCUCCAUGCAGAGGGCCUACGCGGCCCUGGGUCUGCCGUACGGCAACCAGCCCUCUGGUCAGGGCCAGGGUCCGGCUCAGCAGAACCCCCAGGGCCCCCAGCACCAGCAGCUCCGAAACAUGAACACCCUCGGAGCUAAUCAGAUGAGCCAGAUGGCAGGGGGCAUGGGGAACGCGUCCUCCGACCAGACGGGCCUGCACUCGGACUCCCUCUAUCCAACACACUCAACAAGUAAGACCCGUCUGAUGCCGGAUGGGUCAGUAGUAGGAGGUAUGGGAAACCUGCCUGCGGCCACCCCUCUCUCUGCCAGCGGGGUGAGGAAGGCCUGGCAUGAACACGUCACUCAGGACCUGCGCACCCACCUGGUGCACAAACUAGUACAAGCCAUAUUCCCCACCCCAGACCCUGCAGCACUGAAGGACCGACGAAUGGAAAACCUGGUUGCGUACGCACGCAAGGUUGAGGGUGACAUGUAUGAGUCGGCCAACAGCAGGGAUGAGUACUACCACUUUCUGGCAGAAAAAAUCUACAAGAUCCAGAAGGAACUAGAGGAGAAGAGGCGUUCGCGGCUUAAGAAACAGCCGGGCAUGGUGGGCCCAGCUGGACCUCAGCAGCCUGGCAUGGCUCAGCCCAGCCCCAUGGGCCCAGGGCAGGCUGUGCGACCCCCCAAUGGACCUGUGCCAAUGCCCGGCAUGCCAAAUCAGAUAAUGAAUCGCAUGCAGGUGCCCCAAGGAAUCAAUCAGUUUAACCCAAUGGCAAUGCAGAACGCACAGAUGUCUCAGGCGCCCAUGGGAGCGAGGGCUCCCUCCCCCAUGAACCAUCCGCAGCAGAUGAACAUGAGCUCUGUGUCAGCGAUGGGCAUGUCGCCGUCAAGAAUGGCGCAAACUCAAGGGAUGAUGGGUAGUCAUGCCAAUAACAUGGUGCCGCAGCCUGCCAGCCAAGGCCAGUUUCUGCCACAGGGCCAGUUCCCCGUCUCUGCAGGUGGAGCGAUGAAUGUGGGCAUGGGACAGGCCAUGUCUCAGACUGCCGUCUCACAGCCACAAAACUCUAACCUCCCUAUGAAUGCUCUGGGCCCUCUUGGCUCCCAGCUGCCUUGUGGCCCCGCCGCCCAGCCCACCCUGGGUACCACCCCUCCACCCAAUGCCUCUGCUGGCCUGCAGCCGCAGCAGCAGCAGCAGCAGCAGCUUCAGCCUCAGCAGCAGCAGCAGCAUCACGCUCCCCCACAGGCCCAGGUGCCUCCGCAGCCUUCCACCCCCAGCUCCGCUGGGGGGCCUUCCUCCACCCCGACUCACAUGCCCAGUAGUCUCCCCGGCCCGCCCUCAGCCAUGGGAACGCCGCCCGACCCCUCCCAGCCGCUGACGCCCGCGCAGCCCCAAACCGACCCCUCCAGCCAGAUACCGCAGCCCACCUCAGUGCAGGCGCAGCACCCCAGCACGCCGCUGUCCCAGGCAGCGGCGAGUAUUGACAACCGAGUGCCGACCCCCGGCUCCGUGGCCGAGCUGAGCUCCCAGCAGGCCAUGCCUGAAAUGAGCGGCACUGAAGUCAAACCAGAAGUAAAAGAUGAAGAUGACGACAGCAACUCUGGGAAGAAGCAAAGUGACAUUAAGAUGGAGCCGGAUGAUGAAACCAAACCUCCGCUGGUGAAAAAGGAGGAACCAGACGCAGCUGAACCAAAGCAGGAACCAAUGGAAACCGAGGAGAAGAAGCCAGAGGUGAAGGCUGAACCCAAAGAAGAGGAGGAGAGUGGGGCCAACAACAGUUCAUCGACCACUUCCCCCUCUCAGAACCGAAAAAAGAUUUUCAAGCCGGAGGAGCUGAGACAGGCCCUAAUGCCAACACUCGAGGCCCUCUACAGGCAAGACCCAGAGUCGCUGCCAUUCAGACAACCUGUUGACCCCAUGCUGCUGGGAAUCCCUGACUACUUCGACAUCGUGAAGAACCCUAUCGACUUGUCCACCAUCAAGCGGAAGCUGGACACGGGGCAGUACCAGGAGCCGUGGCAGUACGUGGACGACGUGUGGCUCAUGUUCAACAACGCCUGGCUGUACAACCGCAAAACGUCCCGCGUCUACAAGUACUGCACCAAGCUGGCGGAGGUGUUUGAAUCAGAAAUCGACCCCGUCAUGCAGGGCCUGGGCUACUGCUGCGGCAGGAAGUAUGAAUUCUCACCCCAGACGCUGUGUUGCUAUGGGAAACAGCUGUGCACCAUCUCCAGGGAUGGCACCUACUACAGCUACCAGAACAGUUCACCCAAAUAUGGCCUUAUUGCCGACAGGUAUCACUUCUGUGAGAAGUGCUUCAAUGAGAUCCAGGGCAACAGUGUGACCCUGGGGGACGACCCGGCACAGUCACAGACCAUGAUAUCAAAAGAUCAGUUUGAGAAGAAGAAAAACGACAUGUUGGACUCUGAACCGUUUGUUGAAUGUAAAGACUGCGGACGAAAGAUGCAUCAGAUCUGCGUUCUGCAUUACGACGUCAUUUGGCCAUCAGGCUUCAUCUGUGAUAACUGUCUGAAGAAGUCCAACAAAACAAGAAAGGAUAACAAGUUUUCUGCCAGAAGGUUGCAGUCCACGAGGUUGGGGACAUAUAUUGAAGACAGAGUGAACAAGUACUUGAAAAGGCAGAACCACACAGAAGCUGGCGAGGUGUUUGUGCGAGUCGUCGCCAGCUCUGACAAAACAGUGGAGAUUAAGCCUGGUAUGAAGUCGAGGUUUGUAGACUCGGGCGAGAUGGUGGAGAGCUUCCCUUAUAGAACCAAAGCACUUUUUGCAUUCGAGGAAAUAGACGGAGUUGACGUUUGUUUCUUCGGCAUGCACGUCCAGGAGUACGGCUCAGAGUGCCCCUUCCCAAAUACCAGACGGGUUUACAUAUCAUACCUCGACAGUAUUCACUUCUUCAGGCCACGCUUGCUGAGGACUGCAGUAUAUCACGAGAUCUUGAUAGGUUACCUGGAGUACGUGAAGAAACUCGGGUACGUGACGGGUCACAUCUGGGCCUGUCCACCCAGCGAAGGAGACGACUACAUUUUCCACUGCCAUCCUCCCGAUCAGAAGAUCCCCAAACCCAAGAGGCUCCAGGAGUGGUACAGGAAGAUGCUGGAAAAAGCGUUUGCUGAGAGGAUCAUACACGACUACAAGGACAUUUUCAAGCAGGCGACAGAAGACAGACUGACCAGUGCCUACGAGCUACCGUACUUCGAGGGAGACUUUUGGCCCAAUGUACUUGAGGAGAGCAUCAAAGAGCUGGAGCAGGAGGAGGAGGAGCGGAAGAAAGAGGAGAACACGGCCUCUUCUGAGAUGACGGAGGGAGCCCAGGCUGACAGCAAGAAUGCCAAAAAGAAGAACAACAAGAAAACCAACAAAAAUAAGAGCAGCGUCAGUCGAGCCAAUAAGAAAAAGCCUGGGAUGCCAAAUGUAGCCAAUGAUUUGUCGCAGAAACUCUACGCCACGAUGGAGAAACACAAGGAGGUGUUCUUCGUCAUCCACCUCCACGCCGGGCCGGUCAUCAACACCCUGCCACCCAUAAUGGACCCCGACCCGCUGCUGACCUGUGACCUAAUGGAUGGCCGCGAUGCCUUUUUGACUCUGGCCCGGGACAAACACUGGGAGUUCAGCUCGCUGAGGAGGUGCAAGUGGAGCACCAUGUGCAUGCUGGUGGAGCUGCACAACCAGGGCCAGGACCGCUUUGUUUACACCUGCAACGAGUGCAAGCACCACGUGGAGACGCGCUGGCACUGCACCGUUUGCGAGGAUUACGACCUAUGCAUUAACUGCUACAAAGCUAAAGGCCACGAGCACCAGAUGGUGAAGUGGGGCCUGGGUCUGGACGACGACAGCAACAAUCAGGGCGGCGAGGCCUCCAAGAGCCCCCAGGAGAGUCGCCGGCUCAGCAUCCAGCGCUGCAUCCAGUCGCUGGUCCACGCCUGCCAGUGCCGCAACGCCAACUGCUCCCUGCCGUCGUGCCAGAAGAUGAAGCGGGUGGUGCAGCACACCAAGGGCUGCAAGCGCAAGACCAACGGGGGCUGCCCCGUGUGCAAGCAGCUCAUCGCGCUGUGCUGCUACCACGCCAAGCACUGUCAGGAGAACAAGUGUCCGGUUCCCUUCUGCCUCAACAUCAAGCACAAGCUCUGUCAGCAGCAGCUGCAGCAGCGGCUCCAGCAGGCUCAGAUGAUGCGCCGCAGAAUGGCCACGAUGGCCGGACGGGGCAUGCCCAUGCCGUCUCCACCUACCUCAGCUGCCCCCGACACCCCCAAUUCAGUGCAGCAGCCUAACACCCCCCAGACUCCCCAGCCCAUGCCCAGCCAGCCCCAGCAGCAGCAGCAGCAGCAGCAGCCGCCGCCGCCAAACCCUGCCAACAUCGCCCAAGUCUUCCCCAACAACGGCCGUAACAGUCAGCCCCCGACGCCGGUGCCCCAGGGGAAACCGGGGCCUCAGUCAUCUCCGCUCCAUCAGCAGCAGUCACCGAUGGGUAACAUGGUACACCAACAGCAGCCUCCGCCCCCGCAGCAGCAGCAGCAGCAGCAGCCGCCGCUGCAGGCAGCCCUGAAGGUGGCCAAACAGAUCGAGAUCGUAGCCAAGGCGAGGCAGCAGCAGCAGCAGCAGCAGCAGCUGAAUUACACCAUGAACGGAAUACCCAUGAACCACCCCCGCAUGGUGGGCUCCAUGCAGGGCCAGAUGCAUAUGAUGCAGGGGCCGCGGGGCCCUCAGAUGAUGCAGGCUAUGCAGCAGGGCCAGUGGGGUCCCGGGAUGCAGAAUCCCAUGCAGAGUCCGCAGGGCCACCAGCAACAAGUGGCCCCUCAACAGGGCCCCAUGGCACCUCAGCAGGCUCCAGGAGCCUUGAUGCCCCAGCAGCCGCAGGUCAUGCAGAGGCCCGUGAUGCCCGUGAUGCCCCAGCCGCAGGGUCUCCAGAUGCCCGGGGUGAUGCCCAAUCAGGGGACCCAGCCGCAGGCCAUGACUCCACAGCAGCAGAACAUGCCGCGGGGCAUGCCGGGCAACAUCGCCCCGAGCGCCCUGCAGGAUCUGCUGCGCACCCUCAAGUCUCCGAGCUCCCCGCAGCAGCAGCAGCAGGUCCUCAGCAUCCUCAAGUCCAACCCCCACCUCAUGGCCGCCUUCAUUAAACAGCGGACAGCCAAGUACCAGGCCAGCCAGCCCCAGCAGCAGCAGCAAGCCCCCCAGCAGAAUCCUCAAGCCAUGCUGGGGUCCCAGGCGGGUAUGCAGGCCAUGGCGGCCAUGGCAAACCAAGUUCAGAGGCCGGGAAUGGCGCCUCCGCAGCAAGCGGUCCCCCAGGGCAUGGCGCCCCUCGGCCCCCAGGGCCAGAUGAUGAACGCCGUGCCGAACGGCAACCCUCAGCUGUACCGCCGGCAGCAGAUGCUCCGGAUGCAGCAGCAGGGCGCCUUGCCCCAGGGCCACGGGCAGUUCCCCCAGCAGCAGCAGGGGCCGGCGAGCUACUCCCAGCUCCGGAUGCAGCAGCAAAUGGCUAUGCAAGGAGGCGGGGGUCCGAUGGGGCAGCUUCCCCCUACGUCCCAAAUGGGCCAGCCGGGCAUGGGGAUGGACGGGCCCCAGAACCUCCUCCAGCACCGCAUGCUGCAGCAGCAGCAGCAGCAGCAGCAGCAGAUGAUGAAGCAGCAGAUGGGCUCGCCGGCGCAGGCCAACUCCAUGAGUCCGCAGCCUCACAUGCUCCAAGGCCAGGUCCAGGGGGGAGCCCACCUCCCGGGGCCGGCCAUGGCAAACACCCUGGGAAACCAAGUACGCUCCCCGGCCCCAGUGCAAUCGCCCCGCCCGCCGUCGCAGCAGGCCCCCCAUUCCAGCCCCUCCCCGCGGAUACAGCCCCAGCCGUCGCCCCAGCACGGGGCCCUCCACUCCAGCUCCCCCCACCCCAGCCUCGGAGGCCCCAUGUCGGGGUCCAUGGAGCAGGGCCACAUGGGGACCCCCGAGCAGAGCGCCAUGCUCCCGCAGCUCAACACACCAAACCGGGGGGGCUUAAGCAAUGACAUGGGUAUGGUGGGGGACACGACGGGAGACACACUAGAAAAAUUUGUUGAAGGAUUGUAGCAUUUUGAGACAGAAGAAAGGCCUUGUUGUGUUUUCUGCUCAUUUUUUUUGUACUUGCUGGUGUUAAAAAAAAAUAAAUAAAUGAAUUAAAAAAAAUGCUCGAAGAAAUACAAGUCUUACAAGGCCUAUGGACUGUGAACUUUCCCUAAACCAAGGACUACUUUUUCUUACAACACACAGAGUGGUUUAAUAAUAAUUGCUGUUGAAAAGAUGAAAACAUAGACACAAAGAAUAUAUUUUUGGUUCAGACCAGCCUUGCAAAACUUUGCCCUGGUUUUUGUGUUGUUUUAAUUUUGUUUUUCUUUUGUUAAGCUCUGGUAUUGACUUUUUUAGAAAAGAAAAUUUCCCAAAAAACAGAUAUUUCAUUUUAUUAUUCCUUUUAUUUUUUAUUUUGUACCUUUGCAAAUUAAUGUUGUAUUUGUGUUAAAGACUGUAAAAUAAUUUGUCUUGGAAUUAUUUGCCAGGUUUCACCUCUUGCUCAGUUCCUCGUUCCUGGCUAAUUUAUUAUAAUAUGCCAUUUUUCAAAAGGGACUGUCUUUAGGAAAGCCUUAAUUUCUUUCCUGUUUGCAGAGUCUAAAGGAGAUUAACGUAUUUGUAUAGAUCUAGGAACUAUUGCACACACACCCAAACACCAAACGCAGGUGGAAGAGACUCCUGCGUCAAAGCUUGUUCAUGUUCACCAGUGCCGGAAUGUUUCUUUCUACUGGCCUGAGCCCUCGUUUGUCUUGCAGAUGUUCAUAAAUUGCUUUUGU